AUGUCAGCCCGCACUUCCCUUCGCUCAAUCAGCACAACAGCUCGCCGUCUAGCUACCCCCGCGGCAUCCUCAUCCUCUACCUCUUCCGCCACAGCCGAGGCCACACGGGUAUACGGACCCCGGAAAGCCUUUCUUCACGCCUACUACACCCACCUCCUCCGUACAUCCCAACUCGUCCUGCUGUUCAAACAUGACAAUCUCACGGUAUCCAACCUCCUGGCUAUCCGGAGAGCGAUCGCCAAGAUCCCCAUUCCACCGCCAUCACGGGCCAUCUCCCCUCCCCCGCCACCGCCCUCAUCAGGCGAGAUAGAAGGGGAAGAUACCUCUGCGCGAGCUACUCUUACUAUAUCCCGCACUGGGGUCUUAUCUUCUCUCUUCAAAUCCCCCUCCUCUCGCCCCUCUUCCUCGUCGUUGACACCACCAUCCCUCCUCCCGCACCUCACCGGCCCCACCGCACUCAUAACCUCCCCCUCCCUCUCCCCUCCCUACCUCUCCAAACUCCUCACCACCAUCAACCGCGAGCUCCGCAAGGUCCAAAAGGAAAUACCGCCCAAUACCGCCCCCGAAAAGGUCAAGCAGCCGACUUUGCAGCUCGUCGCGGGGAUCAUGGAGGGCGGGAGGCUGGUGGGUGUCAAGGAAGUGGAGAGCGUGGGGAAACUGCCAGCGUUGGAUACGCUCAGGGCGCAGGUGGUGGGGCUGUUGGAAGGGCAGGGGAGGGGACUGUUGGGCUUGCUGGGACAGGCGGGAGGUGGAGGGCUGGUGAGGACGUUGCAAGGGUUGGAGGAAGGGUUGAAGGGUGGGGAAGCGGGGGAGGAGAAGAAGGCGGAGCCAUAG